UAGAAGAAAAGAAACAAGGACGGCAAAUUUAUAUCAAAUAUCUUUCAAGUUUACCAAGGAAAGCAUUCUCUGAUUUUAUGGAAAGGUAUAUAAGAAGGAUAGAACCAGUCUGGAAGACGGAGGAGGAACCUGUAGAUGAAGGUUCCCUUUGUAUUGUUGUCUGCCUCACCUUUUCUCGUCUUCUUGAUGAUAUCUCAGCUGUCGUCAAAAUUACACCACAAGGUUGUACGAACAUGCUCGUUGUAAUCCAAAACUGCCGGGAAGGAAUUUCUCCAGGACCAAUGCUGAAACACAACCCAGACGAUUGCUUUACAGACUUUACCAAUAUCUUGUAUGGGGACGGAGGAUGUUAUGAGUGUGAUGUUAAUUCAGAGGCUAAAGGGAAAAUCCAAUCAUUCAUCGACACUAAAGUGGCGUUGUAAUAAACUCUAUUUAUUUGUGUAUAUUAUUUUAGAUAUCUAUAGUUGAAAAUGGAACAUAUUAAUGGCUUUAGUUUUUUUAAUUUCUUUGUCUGUCUUAAAGAAAUCUACGAAAAGGUGUUGAUUGAUUUCAGUAAAAUAAAAUGAUAAGUUGAGUCCCAAGUAGGUAAAUUUUAGGAACGCUCAUUUAUAAAUUAUGUUUUGACUGCAGAAUAAGCCCCUCUUUUACAUAUAAAAAAGCUAAUUACUUGCAUAUCUUCGUUUAUAAUUCAAAUGAAUUCCAUUUAAAAGUUUUCAUUUUCAAAUUUUUUAUGUUA